AUGACAGCCUUAGCGUUUAAAGUGAAAAGCAAAAAUGGUCAGCAAAUAUUAAAAGAUUUGACCUCUGAUAGUACCGUGGGUGAAUUGAAGAUGUUUUUGUCAAGUAUAUCGGAGGUUAGCAUCGAGCGGGUUUGUGUAUUGUGUGGGUAUCCACCAAAGCCAUUAGACAUAAGUAAUGACAAUAAAAAAAUCAGUGAAAUAGGUUUGAAAACUGGUGAGACUCUUAUAGUUGAAGAAAAAUCUAUACCACCCACUGAACAAAAAACGCCUCCGGGAACACCUAUUCAAAAACCUAUAGAAAAUGGCAUUGUGUCUCAUGAGACUAUAGGCCCUUGCAGACCUGGUAUUCUUAUGAAAAAAGUGGUGCCCUCAGAUAAUUCUUGUUUAUUUACUAGUAUAGGUUUUGUAUUAAAUGGGAGUGUAGAUACUUCAGUACACACACUUAUGAGGGAAAUUAUAGCAAUGGAGGUGGCAAGUGAUGUGGAGACAUAUAAUGAAGCAAUGCUCGGCAAACCCAAUGCUGACUACUGUGUGUGGAUCCAACAACCAAGCUCAUGGGGUGGUGCCAUUGAGGUUGCAAUCUUGUCCCGUUUUUAUGGCCUUGAAAUGGCUGUUGUGGACACAUUGAAUGCAAUCAUAAAUAGAUUUGGAGAAGAUAAAAAUUAUGGACAAAGGGUAUUUCUAUUAUUUGAUGGUGUGCAUUAUGAUCCACUGUAUUUAGAAGAAUCGGAUGGUGGCAUACAAACAAUAUUCGCUGCAGAAGAUAUGGAAAUAUACAGAGAAGCAGAGCAAAUCGCUCAUGAAGCGAAAUCUUCCCGACAAUUUACCGACUUGAACAAGUUUACACUGAAAUGUAUGGUAUGUAACAAGUUUUUUACAGGACAAGUGGAGGCUCAAAAACACGCUAAAGAAACUAAACACACGAAUUUUGGGGAAGUCUAG